AUGUCGUCCGUCACGCCCGUCAUUGCUCCACCGCCUACUUCCCAUGUCCUCCUCUCCUAUCCAGCCGACUAUGUCCUCCUCGUCACCAUCAAUCGUGAAAAGCAGAUGAAUAGUAUUCCCUAUGAGGGCCAUACCGAAAUGGGGCAAGUGUUUGACUGGUUCGAUCGUGAGCCCAACCUACGUGUGGCUAUCAUUACUGGUGCUGGAAAGAAGAGCUUCUGCGCUGGCCAGGAUUUGAUACAAUUGGGACAGAUUAGGAGCGGCGCGUUGAAAAAGGAUCCUGCAUUAUUGAGACAUCCAACUAGUGGCUUUGGGGGAUUGAGCAGGAGAGCAGGAAGGAAACCAGUGAUUGCUGCCGUCAAUGGUUUCGCUCUUGGUGGUGGAUUCGAGAUUGUUCUUGGCUGUGAUAUGGUAGUUGCAGCACCGGGCGCAACAUUCGGUCUACCAGAAGCACUUCGAGGCAUCUAUGCUGCCGCAGGAGGUCCACAACGACUGGUUCGUAUCGUUGGUCUUCCAGUCGCAUCUGAAAUAGCCUUGACAGGACGGCCCAUCAGUGCACAGCGCGCCAAAGAACUGAACAUCAUAAACCGGAUAGCGCCGUCGCAGGAGACUGUUGUCGACGAGGCAUUGAAGCUUGCGAAUGAAAUCGCUGCCAUUUCUCCAGACUCUGCCAUUGUCACAAGAGCUGCUUUGAAGGAGGCUUUGGAGACAGCGAGUGUGGAGCGAGCUACUCAGAUCACACUUGAGCAGUUCAGCAAUGGUCUCAAUGCAGGCGAGAAUGCCCUAGAGGGGUUACAGGCUUUUGCUGAGAAGCGUAAACCAAACUGGAAGCCAUCAAGGCUAUAG